GCAGGGGGAGCACUGCAAGUACAGUCCGCCACAGUCCCUUUCUGCAGCACUCUCACCUCAAGCGACUCAAGCGUUGCAAUAUGUUGCAACUCAAUGCUCGGCUGAAUGGCCAGUUCCUUCACACCAAUUUGGCUGGGAAAUCUUCCCCAUGAUCCCGACAAGUUGGUCCAAGCAGAGAAGGAUCUUGCCACUGUCCUGGCAAAAGCCUGUGCAGACAUGGGUGAGCCAGUGGACGCCAAAGAUCUUUCCUUCCGGUUCCAUACGAGAGGUUCCUCUUCCAACGGCCAGGGCCUGGGUUUCGGCUUCGCAUGGCUUCCAUCAGCUGUGGCGCAGCAUCUUGUGCAGCUGGGCCGCCUCACCUACACUGAGGACGCAGAUUUCGCCACGGUGCGGGAGAGUCGCGGAGCUGUUCCCCCUCCGCCAGCCGCAGCGGUGGAGGGGGAGAAGAUCGCAGUGGCCGUGGGGGCCAGCUUUGUUGCGGAGGAGUUUUGGGCAGACUUCUUGUUGGCCCUAUCCAGCUGGCAACAGAUCUUUGGUGAAGCCAGGGUUGCAAUAGAUCUUCGCAUCAGUCAGAAGCACGGCCUGUCAGAGUUGGGACACUUGCUGAAGCAAAGGCGGAGCUUGUUGAGGCGAUUUCCUGCUGUGAUUCUCUGGAGGCCUUCAAAUCUUUUGGGGGCCGAGAAACGGGUGGAAAGCUUGAUAGCAGCUGCACGAUCUGCUGAGCAUGUCUUGAUUUUUAUGCAAGUGAAGGAGAGCCAGACGGAAGAGGAACAUCAGGCAACUCAUGACUUCCAAGCUGGAUUGCGUCACUGAAUGGCUCUAAAAAUUAGAUGCGGUGUUGUUGUGAUGUUUUGGAAGUCACUAAAAUACAUCGAAAUUCUUUGAAAUGCUAUGGUCCAUGGUCCAUGGUCCAUGGUCCAUACCCUUCCCAGGCAUGCUGAGAGAGUUGGCUAUUUGGUUUUCCUUUGCCAAAAAAACCUGCUUGUGCACGGAAACCUCAUGAAACCUCCAUGUUUUUAGUGUUUUGUUUUGGAUGCUAUAGCUGUUUUUCUCCGCAUGAUGUCACUGUUUGUCCACAUCCCAGGUGAUGUGGACCUUUGUGUGGUUGGCUGGCCAGAUCUUGUCACGACAUAUCCGUGCGCAGCUUCCAACCCUGCAGCCGCUGCGUGUGCAAUGCUUCUCCGUCGUUGCACCACUGCACUCCUUGGCCGGAAGAUCAAGGUCUUUGUGUCUGACUGCGAUCAUACGCUUUGGAAUGGCAUCGUAUCUGAAGAUGGCGUGCAUGGCUUGAAGUUCUCCGCCCCAUACCUGGAGCUGCAACGGAAAUUGUCGGAGCUUCAAAAGGCUGGGCGAUUGAUUUGUCUGGCUUCCAGAAAUUCUUCGGCUGAAGAUGUUCUCAGCGUCUUCAGGGAUCGCCCAGAAUGUGUCUUGCAACUUCAACAAUUGGUGGCCUGGGAGGUCCAUUCGGGUGCCAAACCGGAAAGUCUGCAACGGCUAUCCACCAAAUUGGGCUUGUCCUUGGAUUCCUUCGUCUUUUUGGAUGACAAUUUCUUCGAAGUCGAAGACGUUUCUCGCAGAUGUCCCGAAGUCUUGCUGCUUCACGUGCCGCAAAAAGAGGAGGACUUCAAAGCGCUGUUGCAGCACAGCUGGGUGUUGGACGCCCAUGGGACUCAGGUCACCCGAGAGGACGAGCAGAGGACCGAGCUCUACCGGCAGAAUGCGCUGCGACGGGCAGAGAGGGACCGGCACCCGCAGCUGGCGGAGUUUUUGGAAGCGCUGAAGGUGGAAAUUGACCUCCGCCAGCCAACUCUUGGGGACCAGUCUCGGCUCAGUCAGCUCUGCGGACGCACCAAUCAAUUCAACACCACGCAGCUACGCCUCAGCGAGAGCGAGGUGAAUUCAUGGGUCCAAAGUGAGACGCGCUAUGUCCUGGCGGCGGAGGUCAAGGAUAAGUUUGGUGACUACGGCUUGGUGGCCAGUGCUUUCUGCAGCUUCACCACCAGCAGCCUGGUAGUGGAUGGCCUGGUGAUGAGCUGCCGCGUGCUGCAUCGGGGCGUGGAGCAACGCUUGCUGCAACAGUUGGCGGAGACGGCACUGGCGCGGGGGAAAGCUCAGGUCCUGGUGAGGUUCCGACCAUCCAGCAAAAACGACUUAGCCAGAGGAUUCCUGGCCCGUCUACAUGCAUGGUCGUCUUGCCCAGAUGUCUCUGGUGGAGGCAACGGUUACAGCAUGGAAUGUGGGGAGCAGAACUUUUACUUCCAGGCACAAAAAUUGUCGACCCUUGAAGCACAUCAUCUACAAGACUUUUCCACUGAUACUGCUGGAGAUGCCAUCAGUCGAGAGCGUCAGGUCUUGUCCUGGACCAAUGUGGUGGAUGCUGAGGAUUGGAUGGUGGAGACUCCGGACAGGAAUUGGACGCUUCGUGCCGCUUCGUGGCCGCAACUUCUGCAAAGGAUCGCGGUGAUGGGACCCGACAUUCCGCAGAAAUCAAAGGCAUGCUGGCUCAGCGCAGGCGAUGGGUUCAAGAUGCCCACAGCAGAGGAGUUGGUGCCACUGGGGCAGACGGUCUCCUUGGGCGGCUUGAUGGGCGUGUGCUCUGGAUUUGCCUUGAAGAAGGUGGGAAAGUUUGCCGCCGGACUCUUCGGAGCGCUCUUCUGCUUUCAGCAGGCAUUGGCUUACCAGGGCUAUGUCACCAUGAACUGGCCGAAGAUCGAGAAAGACCUCACCGAAUUGCUGGACAUGAACAAGGAUGGUAAAUUUGACGCUGGAGACAUCAAUGUGGGCUACACCAAGGUCUUGAAGGUCUUUCAGUCCUUGACUCAGUGUCGCAGCAUGGAGAUGGUCGCCCACCGUGCAAGGUCGCGGCUGGCGGUAUUGUGUUUUCUGCUGACAACUGCUUAUGGACAAUUUCUGCGAGGAGCAGGUGAUACGAAGGUCGUGGUUCCUAUUCCUCACGGCCGUCAUGUGGCCUUGUCCUGCAAAGGGGCUGCGUUGCGCCUCCAAUUGGUGCCCGCACAUGGUCGACCAGCCUUGGACACCCCCAUGAUCGAUCCUUCAGUGCCACAGGAAACGUGUCACGAGGUGGACACCAGUGCUGAACGUGGCGUUUCCACCAGCGCAGGAUCGAUGACUGUGAAUCCGGCAGGUGAACUGCAGAUUCGAGCCAAAGGCGGCCUUCUCGUAACGUCUUCCCUUCCAAUCACCGGUGAUCACGAUUUGGUCUUCAAGCAUCACAAGGGACGAUUGCUAGGUGGAGGCGCCAACUCACCGAGCGGGAUGAAUCUGUCGACGCCCAAAAUCAAUCCUCAAGUUGGAAACACGGGAGUGUAUUCUCCAUACUAUUACUCCGAGGAUGGAUAUUCCAUGCUCUGUGUGGUAGAGCAUUCUGAUGUGAACAGAUAUCCAGCAAAUUAUGAGUUGAAAGAUUACGGUGACACAAAGAACGUGCACUGGUCUUUCACCGGCCUUUGGGACUGCUAUGUCAUGCCAGCGGCCACCCUCAAAGCAGGGACUGAGGCCUACUAUACCCUCACGGGCCGACCUCCCGUGCCACCACGCUAUGCCUUUGGUUUCAUCGCAAGCAGGUGGGGCUGGACGGAUCGUGUCUAUAUCGAGGACACCUUGCAACGAUUCCGUGACGGGAAAUACCCGUUGGAUGGAAUCAUCAUUGACUUCGAAUGGUUUACCAACGAGACAGACUACGGCUAUCCACCGGGUGAAGGGAAGCCUUACUACCACGACUUCGGUUUUAAUUCCGUACUUUUCCCCGAGCCUGACUAUCAGCUGGCAGACUAUCGCUUGCGCUACAAUGUGCAUGUGUCUGGAAUCCGGAAACCGCGCAUUGGGAACACGAAACUGAUCAAGGAGCUGGAUGAGAAGGGUUGGUUUCUGCCCAACUGCGAGCCCAGUGGCAGGAGCCCUCCGGAGUAUCCUGGAUAUGCCUGUGGCAGGAAUUUGAAUUACGCACUUCCAGAAGUACGAAAUUGGUAUUCUGAUUCUAUCAAACCUUUGCUGGAUGCUGGCAUGUCCUUCUGGUGGAAUGAUGAGGGUGAGACUGAUUUUUUCACCUUCCACUGGUGGAACCUGGCCGAGAAGAUGGCUCAGGAAAAGACUUUGCCAGAGCAUAGGUUUCUCUCACUGAACCGUGCUUUCUCUCCUGGCAUGUCUCGCUUGGGCGCAACUGUCUGGACGGGAGACGUGACUGCCGACUGGUCCUGGCUUCUGCAUACGCCUGGGACGAUGCUCAACUGGGUCCUGGCCGGUGCACCCAUCGUCUCCUGCGACACCGGAGGCUUCGUCGGACAGACCACCGCGGACCUGUUGAUCCGUUGGCUCCAGGUGGCGUGCUUCAUGCCGGUGAUGCGCGUUCAUUCUGAGAAGCAGGUGACACCGCAUUUUCCCUUCCUGUGGCCAAAAGCCUCCGAUACCAUUCGCGAGAUUUUGGAAUUGCGCUACAGACUGCUGCCAUUCCACUACUCUUUGGCACAUUCGCAGCGAGCCACUGGCAAUUUGUGGAUUCGACCAUUGGCCAUGGACUAUCCCGAGACGCCAGAGGUGAGAGAUGUGACCACCCAAUGGAUGGACGGUAGCAUCCUGGUGGCGCCAGUGCUGAAGAAAAAUUCCACGCAUGACAUUGUUUUGCCUCCUGGAUUAUGGUAUCGCUUCGACCGAGCCAUCAAGCUGUCCCAACAGGCCAAAGGUCUAGCGCUUGGGAAGGUCCUGGAGGAGCAGGAGAUGCUGACUAUACAAAGCACUGGGAAAGUGCUGAAGAACCUCUUCGUGCCACUGAAAGAGGUACCUUGCUAUGUUCGACCUGGAACCAUCAUUCCCACGUCACCAGUGGUCCAACACAGCGGUGACAUUGGCCGAUUCCCUUUGGAGGUCUUCAUCUUUGGGGGCCAGGACGGUACCUUUGCGUUGGUGGAGGAUGAUGGCUGGUCCACCAGGUAUAUGCAAGGUGAGUUUGCUGCAACAUCACUCGAAUGGUCCGACGGCCACAAGACCUUGUCCUGGCAGAAGUCCGGCUUCGCAGCGCAAGGCUUCAUUCAAAUCAUGGCGUACUUCAUCAGCGUCGAAGGGACGGUGCAAAAGUCGGCGAUCAAAGACUUUUCGGAAGCUGGGAGCAUCAGCUUUCCAGCCCAGGCCAGAUGGACGGAGGAGGUCUACCAAUAGGCUUUCAGUGAACUGGUUUGCUGAGUGUGAGCCAACUGAGACUGGUUUUCUUUUUCCAGACCAGUUGAAGGUUGCAAAGCUCGGCCAUUUGAAACGUGGUGGGGCUGGGAAACUAAUCCAUGGCCAAGGCUUUCCCAGUUUACUGAUGGGAAUUCACCUUCCUUUUGUUGACUUCCAUCUUGGUCACCCUGCUGCUUGAACAAGUCUGGGACUGUCGUUCGGAUGUGCAAUUGUCGUGCCAUUCCAC